AGAGUCUAAAUAAACAUUUAUAAGAAAAAAAAAAGGGGGGGGGAUGGGUUUAUUUAAGAAACGAAGACCAUUAGGGGUGAACAACAGUUGUGAGGGGAAUAACGUAUAUAAUAAAGUGCAAUGGUUUCCUUUUUCUUUUUCAUUCUUUUUUCUUACAAAAAGUAUAUAGAUUUAUAUAUACAUACAUAAUAUAAAAUGGCCGAUUCAAUGUCAUAUCACAGAUCAAAAAUGUCACCUACUCGUAUGAUGGAUGAAUCUCAAGAUAGAAGAGGUAACAGUGGUAUCAGAAGGGAUUCUUCUACAGCUACAUUGUUGACUCGUGAGCAACAAUUAAGAGAAGAAAUUGCAAGAUUGAGAAGAGAAGAACAAGAGCUUAGAGAAAAGGAUCAUUGGGUCAAGCAAAACAUUAACGCUGUAAGAGAAAAAAUCGCUGCUGAACGAAGAUAUUAGCUAUUGCUUUCUUUCUUGUUGUUGUCUCUUUUCCUCCCCCUUCCCCUAUUACUUUUAUACAUAAAAAAAAAACUUGUGGUAUUUAAAAUCU